AUGCCCUUAGACUCCUCUACAGUUGUCGCUACCAUUGAACAAUGCUGUGGCUCCUCAAGGGGCGAUGAUCUCCUCUCCAGAAUCUGCUCGAACUCGAGUGACGACCAGUCGUCGUAUCUGGGCCAAGAGGGCAUCAAGGCCGAGCGUCCGGAGGUGAUGAUCCAUUACAUCGAUCAGAAAUGA